AUGGCUAAUUAUUUAUUUAAAUUUAUAAAAUAUUAAUAAUCAAUCUUCCCUUUAAAUACUCCUUAGAAAGUAAAUUACUUAAAUUACUAUUAUUAAUUUAAUUUCAUAUUUCAAUAGAAAAAAUAUUUAUUAUUUUUUAAUUAUUUUCUCCUUUUUUAAAUUAUCUUAUCUUAUUUUAGCACACAAAAAAAGAUGAAGUAAAUAACUUUGAAAAUCAUGAUCAUAAAUUCAUAGUCAUAUUCUUUUAGAGGAUUGUAAUCAAUCGCCCUUUCCUUAAAAAUACUAAAUUUACUUAUAUAUUCAAAAUAGCAUCCA